UCCAAUCCGACCUCGAAGAUUCAUCAGGAAUUUCCGACACAGUCCCACCACUUCUCGGACAGAUUCGACGAUUCUGACAACAGAAUCCCAGGCAGAAAAAACGAACCAAGAAAUGGUGUUCAAUGGCGUGAUGAUACUGAGAGUCGCCCACGAAUCCGCCCACAUGUGGCAAAGCGCGGCCUGCAUUCCGGUCGCGGAGCGGGUGAGCAGCCGCCAGCUGCUGGAUCUCGUCUGCUGCUUCCCUCUCCAUCAAUUGGGUCGUCUCGCGCUCUUCAUCUGGACCUUCCUCUGCGUGGCCCCACCCGACUCCUACUACUCUUACUCUUACGCCUCCGAUGACUCCGACUCCGACGGCAGCGAAACCCCCGUCGAUUACGAUGACUACCGCCACGACUCGCAUUCCGAUUGAUUGGUUCGGGUGGAUUUCCUGUACAGUAACUUCCUCACCAUCCAACCCAUGCUUUUGGGUUGUUUUUGUUUUGCGUCUCUUUUGGUUUUACAGAUAGUUUCUGCGUUUUCUUUUUCCUUCUUUUUGUGAAGUUGGUUUUUUUUUUUUGGGGCUCCGGUGGAGUUCAUUGUAUUUAUUGUGUUAUAUUAACAGAUGUCGUAUCCGGGUUUUCAUUUUGUUUCUCUGUAAUUUCGUUUGUCUUGGUGGGCGACUAGACUAAAUGGGGUUCAGUAAAUCUUGAAAUGGAGGUGAAUAUUUCGAGUUUA